UUAGAUGCAGUUCUACCACCUUCGGCGGAUUGACUGAAUUCUUCCCGUCUGUACGUGAACUCUGCUUAUUCUCCAAACUGCGCUAACUUUUAACGACCAGUGAGAAAAUUGAAGGUAUAGUUCACGAUAUAAUAAAAGUUGUACGACUAUUGCGGUGAACCUCACCAGGAAAUGAAGAUGUUCCGCAGCGUGUGAAUAUUCAAAGUGAUGAGAAUUUGAAUCAGGAAGUUCUGAGUGUGAUCAUGUCUUCCAGGGAGCAGCUACAGAUUUUCACCGAGGAAGCAAUCUGUCCCAUUUGUCUGGAUUUUUUCACCGAUCCGGUUACACUGGAUUGUGGACACAACUUCUGCCGCUCCUGCAUCACCCAGAGUUGGGAAAAGAAGGAGAUAAACUCCUGCCCGGAAUGUAGAGAGGAAUUUACUGAAAGAAACUUCAAGGUAAACCGGGCCUUAGCGAACCUAGCGGAGAAAAUUCGAAAGUUAAAGCUGGAUCCGAAAGUGAAGGAAAGUGAAAUUCGCUGUGAGAAACAUCAAGAAGAUCUGAAGCUGUUUUGUGAAACUGACAAGAAAUUGAUCUGUCUGAUUUGUCGAGAUUCGCGGGAACACAGAGAGCACUGCUUCCUGCCGAUCAAUGAGGCUGUAGAGAUGUACAAGGAUCAGCUGAAAUCUUCCUUAGAUUCUCUCACAGAGAAGAAAUCGGCGGUUCUACAAACAGAACUGACCCAGAAACGGAAGAUUUCCGAAGUGAGGGAACAGGCGAGCAGUCUGCAGACCCACAUCACAUCCGAGUUCACUAAAAUGCACCAGAUUCUCACUGAGAAAGAGCAGCGUUUACUCAGAGAUCUCAGGGAAGAAGAGGAGAGGAUUGUAGAACCAAUGGAGAAAAUCCUUCGAGAGAUUCAGGAGAAUUUAAAUUCUAUUGAGGAGAAACUCUCAAAGUUGCAGAAACUGAUGGAGGAAAAAGACGAAUUGAUGUUUCUGAAGGUGACAGAACAUAUUGAUGAAACUAUUCGGAAGAGAAGGAUUAGUGAUGUACAUCAGUUAAUUUCGAUAAAGCUGACUCUUGGAAAGUUCAAUGGCCCGUUGCAGUACAUGAUCUGGAGAGAAAUGUUAAACGCCAUUGUCCCAGUUCCAGCCUCUCUGACUCUGGAUCUGAACACAGCGCAUCCCCGGCUCAUCCUGGCUGAGGACCGGACCAGUUUGAGACUCGGAGACGAAACUCAGCCACUCCCUGACUCCCCGGAGAGAUUUGAUUCCUGGCUUUGUGUGCUUGGAUCAGAGGGAUUCACAUCAGGGAGACAUUACUGGGAGGUGGAGGUGGGAAACAAGACUGAAUGGAUUUUAGGAGUAGCCCGAGAGUCUGUCAACAGGAAAGGGAUUAUAAUUCCGAGACCAAAGCUUGGUUACUGGAUUUUGUGGCUUAAUCCUGGAAGAGGGUAUUUUGCCAUCACAACUCCCUUAUUAGCCCCCCUCAACUUGAGUAAGAAUCCCCGGAAGAUCGGGAUUUUCCUGGACUAUGAGUGUGGACAGGUGUCAUUUUACAAUGUAGAUAACAUGUCCCAUCUCUACACUUUCACCCACACUUUCACUGAGAAGGUCUUUCCCAUCUUCAGUCCAGGAUGGAACGAGGACGGGAGUAACUCCGCCCCGUUGACAAUCUACAGGAUUAAAGGGCACUGACAGAUCCAUCCCGUGAUGUCAUUCCAUCCCCCUGCCUCCUGCCAGCUGUAAACUGAUGAGGGUCAGUCUCAGUCACAGGUGGAGAGAGAAGCCAGGUUAACAUUGCAGGAAUAAACCCUGUAUCAGAACUGGGAACUGAAAGGUCAGCAACGAGUUGUGUAGGGCUGGGAGAAAGGAGGAGGAGAAGAGAAGAAACAAAUAUUGUAUAGAGAGAGACUUACUGGGUAUAACGAGCUGUGAGUUGCAGGAAUGCAGGGACCUUCCUGCCUGAAAUGUUACUCCAUUGGCUGAAGUAGCCACUACAUGACAGUGUUGGAGAUAAAUCAGUUAAUGGUUCUCAGACUGGGCUCAGUGGAGUCUUUCCAGAGGGGACACCAAAUCGUUUCAGUGCAGGGUCAAUUAAGUCUUUCAAAGGGGACACCAAAACAUUUCACCACCAAGUGAGAAGGGGUAGUGAGACGCACAAUAUAGGGAUGGGGUGAGGCAGAAAACAAAACAGCAUUAAAAAAAUGCUCUGCAUUGUACAAAUUGCCUGGUAUGAGCAUGUGGUCUGCUGAAUAUUUUCAUUAUUUCCUAUUUAUUUUAAUUUGCUGCAUGUUUAUUUGUUGUAAAAAUGUUGGGUUGACUAAAUCCAAGCUGUGGUAUCAUAUUUGCAUCAUUUAGUAUCACUGAUGAAUGAAACAGAUUUUACACAAGUCUGUAU